AGUCCGUGUUCCGCGCCGGGCGCGGGCUCCAGGCCGGGAUUUGGGCGCUCCCCAACCCGCCUCCCUCCCCUGCCCCCCUCCCUCCCUCCCUCCCUCCCCCUCCCUCCCGGCUCCCGAACUCCAGCCCCUCUCUCUCUAUCAGCCGCUCACUCUGUCUCAAUAUGUCUCAAGAUGGCGGCCAAUGUGGGAUCGAUGUUUCAAUAUUGGAAGCGCUUUGAUUUACAGCAGCUGCAGAGAGAACUUGAUGCCACAGCAACAGUAUUGGCUAACCGGCAAGAUGAAAGUGAGCAGUCUAGGAAAAAACUUAUUGAGCAAAGUCGCGAGUUCAAGAAAAACACUCCAGAGGACCUGCGCAAACAGGUAGCUCCAUUACUGAAGAGUUUCCAGGGAGAGAUUGACGCAUUGGGUAAAAGAAGCAAAGAAGCCGAGGCAGCCUUCUUGAAUGUGUAUAAGAGAUUAAUUGAUGUUCCAGAUCCAGUUCCAGCCUUGGAUUUAGGACAGCAGCUUCAGCUGAAGGUUCAGCGUAUGCACGAUAUUGAAACAGAGAACCAGAAACUUAGGGAAACUCUAGAGGAAUACAAUAAGGAAUUCGCUGAGGUGAAAAAUCAGGAGGUUACAAUAAAAGCACUUAAAGAGAAAAUCCGAGAAUAUGAACAGACGCUGAAGAACCAAGCUGAGAAUAUAGCGCUUGAGAAAGAACAAAAGUUACAAAAUGAUUUCGCUGAGAAGGAGAGAAAAUUGCAGGAGACACAGAUGUCGACAGCCUCAAAGCUGGAAGAAGCCGAACACAAAGUUCAAGCUUUGCAAACAGCCUUGGAAAAAACCAGAACAGAACUAUUUGAUCUGAAAACAAAAUACGAUGAAGAAACUACUGCAAAGGCUGAUGAAAUUGAGAUGAUCAUGACAGACCUCGAAAGAGCAAAUCAGAGGGCAGAGGUGGCUCAGAGAGAGGCAGAGACCUUAAGGGAGCAGCUCUCGUCAGCCAACAAAUCUCUCCAACUUGCUACACAGAUCCAGAAGGCACCUGAUGUGGAGCAGGCCAUCGAGGUGCUAACACGGUCCAGCUUGGAAGUAGAACUGGCUGCGAAGGAGCGGGAAAUUGCCCAGCUCGUAGAAGACGUCCAGAGACUCCAGGGCAGCCUCACCAAACUGCGGGAGAACUCCAGCAGCCAAAUCUCACAGCUGGAGCAGCAGCUGACUGCCAAGAACAGCACGCUCAAACAACUGGAAGAAAAACUGAAAGGACAGGCUGAUUAUGAAGAGGUUAAGAAAGAAUUAAAUAUAUUGAAAUCCAUGGAGUUUGCACCAUCUGAAAGCUCUGGUGCACAGGAUGCAUCUAAGCCCCUGGAGGUGCUGCUGCUGGAGAAGAACCGCUCAUUGCAGUCUGAGAACGCCACGCUGCGUAUCACUAAUAGUGACCUGAGUGGGUCAGCCAGGAGAAAAGGGAAAGACCAGCCUGAGAGUCAGCGUCCUGCAACCUUGCCGGCCUCCCCUCCUUCUCAGUUGCUCCGCAACGCGGGGGAGCAGGCUUCCAAUACUAAUGGUACACACCAGUUCUCACCAACGGGUUUAAGUCAAGACUUUUUCAGCUCAUCCCUGGCAAGCCCCAGCUUACCCCUGGCCUCCACAGGAAAAUUUGCACUAAACUCUCUCCUCCAGCGACAGCUAAUGCAGUCCUUCUACUCCAAGGCAAUGCAGGAAGCAGGAAGCACAAGCAUGAUUUUUUCAACAGGUCCUUACAGCACAAACUCCAUAUCUUCCCAAAGUCCAUUACAACAAAGUCCGGACGUAAAUGGCAUGGCCCCGUCUCCCAGCCAGUCAGAAAGUGCUGGGAGCAUCUCUGAAGGCGAGGAGAUAGACACGGCCGAAAUUGCACGUCAGGUGAAAGAGCAGUUGAUCAAGCACAAUAUUGGACAGCGGAUAUUUGGACAUUAUGUGUUGGGACUGUCUCAAGGGUCUGUGAGUGAGAUACUAGCCCGGCCAAAGCCAUGGAAUAAACUGACUGUGAGAGGCAAGGAGCCAUUUCAUAAGAUGAAGCAGUUCCUCUCGGACGAGCAGAACAUCUUGGCUCUUCGCAGCAUCCAGGGUAGACAAAGAGAGAAUCCAGGCCAGAACCUGAACAGACUAUUUCAGGAAGUACCGAAACGAAGAAAUGGGUCUGAAGGUAAUAUAACCACAAGGAUCCGAACCACAGAGACAGGCUCUGAUGAAGCCAUCAAAUCCAUUUUAGAACAAGCCAAAAGGGAGCUGCAAGUACAGAAAACAGCUGAGCCGGCUCAGCCACCUUCUGCAUCUAGCAGUGGCAAUUCUGAUGAUGCUAUUCGGUCCAUUCUGCAACAAGCCCGACGCGAAAUGGAGGCACAGCAGGCUGCCCUUGAACCUGCCUUAAAAACACCACCUUUAUCUCAAGCUGACAUUUCUAUCCUGUCCCCCAAACUAGUAUCUACACCUGCAAUGUCUUCAGUUUCCAGCUUUUCUCCUUUGGCUAUGUCCCUGAAGAAACAUUCAUCUGUCACUGAUUCCAGUAUCUCUGCAUUGCAGAACCUCUCUGGGCUCAAAAAGGAGCCUCAGGAGGCAUCUGGUUUAGAGCUUCAUGGAAUAAGCGAUUCUGCCCAGGGUAUGUUGAGGCACGUUAAAAAUGAGUUGGGACGUGGUGGUGUUUGGAAGGACCAUUGGUGGAAUACUGUUCAGCAUGAGAGAAGAAACACAGCUCUUCCCGAAGACACAAAAGUCGAGGAAGCCGGUGUUGGAAAAGAAAAGGUCAGCAAUCAGACUAGGCCAGAACGUAGCCAGCUUCAAGGACCAUCUUCUUCAGAGUAUUGGAAAGAGUGGCCAAACGCUGAAUCUCCGUACUCCCAGAGUUCUGAAUUGAGCAUGACUGGGGCAAGUCGCAGCGAGACACCACAGAAUAGCCCCCUCCCCUCAUCCCCUAUUGUGUCUUUGUCAAAGCCAUCCAAACCUUCGGUUCCUCCACUGACACCUGAGCAGUAUGAGAUUUAUAUGUACCAGGAGGUGGAUACGAUAGAACUAACUCGUCAGGUCAAAGAGAAGCUAGCAAAGAAUGGCAUCUGCCAAAGGAUCUUUGGGGAAAAGGUACUGGGGCUGUCCCAAGGAAGUGUCAGUGACAUGCUCUCCAGGCCAAAGCCAUGGAGCAAAUUGACCCAAAAAGGCCGAGAACCAUUUAUUCGUAUGCAGCUCUGGUUGAAUGGGGAGCUGGGACAGUGUGUCCUGCCCGCGCAAGGGCAGCAACAAGGACAAGUCCUUCACUCUGUGGCAUCACUGCAGGAUUCCCUCCAGCAGGGAUGUGCAAGCUCAGAAAGCACUCCAAAGACUUCUGCCAGUUGCAGUCCUGCUCCUGAAUCUCCUAUGAGCUCCAGUGAAUCAGUGAAGAGCCUGACCGAAUUGGUACAGCAACCCUGUCCUGCUAUAGAGACAAGUAAGGAUGGCAAAUCACAGGAAUCUAGUGAGCCACCUGCCUCCGAAUCCCAGUCUACAACACCUUUGCCUCUGGCUGGCCACUCAGCCCUCAGCAUUCAAGAGCUGGUUGCUAUGUCACCUGAGUUGGAUACCUAUGGCAUUACAAAAAGGGUCAAAGAAGUGCUAACGGACAACAAUCUUGGUCAGCGUUUGUUUGGGGAGACAAUCCUAGGGCUAACACAAGGCUCUGUCUCAGACCUUCUGGCUCGUCCUAAGCCCUGGCACAAGCUGAGUUUGAAGGGACGGGAACCCUUUGUCCGCAUGCAGCUGUGGCUCAAUGAUCCCAACAACGUGGAGAAGUUGAUGGAUAUGAAAAGAAUGGAGAAAAAAGCCUACAUGAAGCGACGGCACAGCUCCGUGAGCGACAGUCAGUCCUGCGAGUCCUCGUCGGCCGGCAUAGACUACAGCCAGGGGGCCAGCCCGCAGCCGCAGCACCAGCUGAAGAAGCCCCGCGUCGUGCUGGCGCCGGAGGAGAAGGAAGCUCUGAAACGAGCCUACCAGCAAAAGCCAUACCCAUCGCCAAAAACCAUUGAGGAACUCGCGACGCAGCUCAACUUGAAAACCAGCACCGUGAUCAACUGGUUCCACAAUUACAGAUCUCGCAUCCGUCGAGAGCUGUUCAUCGAAGAAAUCCAAGCGGGAAGCCAGAGCCAGGCUGGGGCGAGCGACUCUCCUUCGGCUAGAAGCAACAGGGCGGUGCACAGCUCGGAGGGGGACAGCUGUGACGGCGUGGACGCCGAAGGCCCACCCGAAGGGAAGGCGGGCGGCCCGGAGGCGGAUGAGUACAGCAAUGCAACCACAAAGUCUCAGGGAGGGCCAGCAGAGUCGGCUUUCGAGGCGGGGGAAGAGGCACUGCAGGGCGCCAGGUCUUCAGAGAAAAGCGAGCCAUUCCACUUGGGAAUGGAGAGCCUGGAGGAUACGGAUGACGAGGGCAGGCUCAAAGCGCCACGGCAAAGCUCUCCACCAGGAUCUCAGCGUUCAGGGGAGAGUCUGGAGACACUGCCAAACUCUGCUACGGAAGGGGAUGCCUCUACCUCAGCUGCCUCCACCUCAGUCCUUACAGGGGAGAGCUCCUACAAGCCGAAAGAAAGUUCGGAGAAAAUUCCCAGUGUGCCAAGUACGAGCUCAACGGUGGCCACAGGCUCACAGAAAGCCAACUCGAUUCAGAGCUUGUUCAGCUUCUCGGAGGCGGCGAGCUCCAAGAACACGCGAGACAACUCCUUGAGGAAAAAGAAAGCCGCAAACUUGAACAACAUAAUCCACCGCUUGGAGAAGGCCGCUAGUCGAGAAGAGGCCGUCGAGUGGGAGUUUUGAGAUUAAACUCACCCAACUCUAGAGAGCUGGGCAAGUUAAACUGGACCUCUACUGGUUUUAUUGUGUUGCGCACUUACCGCCCUGCGGGCCACAGGGCAAAAACGCCAUAGGCCAAGGUGCAUAUAGAAAACAGAAAAAAAAGGAGCGUUAAGCCCAAUUUAUGUUUGUGUUUUCGAGGAAGAAAACUGAAAUGUGUAGUCAAGCUUUUUUGUACCCUGAAGUGUUUUUAUUAUUGCCCUAAGUGAUUUCCACAGUUUCUGGAAUAACUCAUACAGCUUUGCCUUGUGCCCUCCUCUUUGGUGUGGGCUUUAAAAAAACAAAAACGUUAAAAAAAAAAAAAUCAAACCCACAUAUUAAAAGGGGGCUUUUUAUCUGCCAUCUAAUGGCUACAGAGCGAUAAUACACUAUUAUCUUCUUAAACCAGGAAAAAAGGGGAGAUUUUUCAAAAAAAAAAAGAAAAAAAAAAGUUUUUUGUAGCUGUUCAGUUGCCACUAAGAGAUUGCACAGUCAACCGACUCUAAACACACUAGUUUGGAUUCCUACAUAUUUUCAAGAAAAGAAAAGAAUCUUGUUGUUUGAAACUUUGAAUUAAAAAGAAAAAAAAACACAUUUACUCCACAUAUUUUUUAACAAAACAAAAAAAAAAGUCACAUCAGGAAAAUAUCUUAAUUUGUGGUAGCUGACUUAGUGUUUUCUUGUAAGUGAAAUAGAAUAUUGACACGUAGUGCACAUUGUUUCAUAGCUUUAACUGAUUCUGGUCUUUUGCAGACCAGAAUUUGUUUAAUACACUCCAUUUUAGGCCAAAUCAGGACAAAAAAAAAAUCUGAAUCUAGGUAUUUUGUAAUCUGCUUUUUAACCUCUAACCACAGAGCACGCUGAUCAGACCUCAUAUCUGGGAGGUUUAGGAGACAACUUAGAACAGCCUGUACUUGAUCGUUUCACUCGGUUUGCCCUGUAUCCAAUUUCCUUUCAUUAAGAAAUAGAUAACUCAAAAAAAUGUUGGCCAGUAACAUUUCAGCCUGCUACUUUGAGGACAUGUUCUGUAACCCGAAGUGUCGAACUUACCUGGAGUCAAUUUAAGUAUAGUUUAUGUGUACGUUUGCUGUCACACACCACUAAGAGGGGACUGGAGCUGCCGCAGAUAGAGAAUUUUUCCUGCUGUUGGUGGCCAUUUACUGACUCUCUUCCCACCACAAGCACUGAUUUUAAAUACGUUUUAGUUGUGGGAAGCUUAUUUUUGUGUGGAAAAGAGAGUACAUGGCGGUGACCAGAUGGGCUCCUACCGAGGCGUACGUAGCCCAACCUCCAAACCAAAACAUUUGCGCUCUCGAGUCCCAGUCUAGACUAUUCUGCCCUGCAGAAAUCCAGCCUUUUCCCAUUAUUUUAUGCACAGGUUAGGGCUGAUCAAAGUACAAAUCAAAUUCUAAUUUGUCUCUAACUCCUCCUGUUGUCUAUAUGUAUAUGCGUGAGCAUAGAGGUGUGUGGAAGGAUGUGUGUGCGUGAGUGUGUGCGUGCAAUUUUAUACGUCUGUGUAUUUUCUUACGUACUUGUGCACACAUAGAGUGCAUUACUGCCACCUUUUUUCAAUAAGCUGUUUUAUCAGUUAUGGCUUCUACAAGUUUGCUAAUUUAGACUCCUUUAUUGCCAUAUCUUUAAAACUAACAAUAGAUGAUUUCGGAAUAUAUAUAUAUAUAAAAAUAUAUAUAUAUAUAAUUUUUUUUUGCUUAUUUAUAGGUGCUGUAUUUUAUUAUCUGAUUGUUAGGAAGGGAUGAAAGGGGGCAAAUAUUCUUUAGAGGGAUAGACUGCCGGCAGUAUUGGGUAUAAUUUACAAGAUGUAGUUGUCAUACUGUAUAUUAUUGAUUGAAGACUUUUUGACCGUAUUGUGUAUCAUUG